AUGGGUGCCUCAGAGUCGAAAUUGGUGUUUAAACAAGGCAUCUUUAGGCUUUCAGAAGAACGGAACAUUCCUGCUAAUGAUCCUUACUGGACGGGUUUCUGGGAGCUACCUGAGUCCGUCGAAGAUGUCUUCAGCUUGUUCUCUUCUGCGGACAUCCGCAGAACGAGAGAUGCAUCGCUCGAGAAUCUCGAAUCGCUGAUCCUCGCCGUAGCAUCACGUCUAAUUGUCCUAAAGAACCAUCCCUCUUUUCCCGACCCCGAACUGGCCCCCGAGAGAGAUGCUCUCAAUUGUAUCCGAGUUCUCACUCGACUCUUGCCUUACGUCUACGAGGCAGACCACAUAUCGGAAUGGGAGGAGGGGUUCUUCUGGAGCUCGCGGCGUCGAAAGACAAGAAGAGCCCAGAUUGCAGGAGAAGUACUCUUUGACGACAACGUCAAUGCAAGCGACCAAAACCUAGAUGCGGAGGGAAAGGAGCAGGAAUACGAAGAGGCCAAGCCUCUCGCUGAGGAGCUCAUUGACACACUUGUCGAUCUUUUAUUCUUUGCCGAAUUCACCAUACCUCUUCUUCCAUCCGCCAAAAGCAAAGUCAAUUAUGCGAUCUGGCAGAGCGGCGUUGGCUGCAAAGCAUCUAUCCCUACGAACAAGGAACUUGAAAGCAAUCGAUGUGAGGUCCUUAGGCUGCUCUUGACUAUGGCGGGAAAGGCAAUGUAUAUGCCGUCCAAUACACUCCCUGUCCAAGGUGUAAGAGCCAUCACCUACAUCACGACCUGUUCCGACAAGCAGAUUGUCCUCUCUGUACUAUGUUCACUCGUCAACACCACAAUCAAGUCCAAUGUGACCUCAUGGCGUCUACCUUAUGAUCAUGUGGUGCGAAAGGACUCGAAACAGACUCUUGUUGUGUAUAGUCUACAACUAUUACUCGUUCUGCUACUCUACACCAUCCCCGAAGAAGGCAGCGGCCCCGCUCCAAAGAAUUUCUAUCGACAUUUCCUCGGCCGCUUACACCGGCCAGAAGACUUCCAGUUUCUGGCCGACGGAAUGACCAGGGUACUGAGUCAACCAAUGCAAGCUACUACAUCAUACCUUCCCGGAAGCCAGAAAUCUGUCAAGUGGACUCCCGAAAUGAUCAUGCUCUUCUGGGAGGUGUUGCAGUGCAACAAGCGGUUCCGAGCGUUCAUCAUCGAAUCCAACCGUGCUCAUGAUUUCAUCAUUCUGAUGCUGUUCUAUGCAAUUGAGUACAAGACAGACUCUUCGCGGCAAGGCAUCGUUCGAAUGUGCGUUUUCGUUCUACAAACAAUGAGCGUCGAGCCCACCUUUGGUCAGAAUCUCAACAAGAAGUUCGAGGCUCAAGAAACCUUACCCCAGUCAAUCCGAUUAUCGAAUUUCAGGGGCUCCUAUGGCGACUUUCUCGUCUCGUCAAUACACACCUUAAUCACUGGCAGCAAGGGGAAACUUGAUGCCAUCUACCCUGCCCUCCUUGCUAUCAUCAAUAACAUGGCCGCUUACGCGCAGGGCUUAUCACUAUCAACGAGUACUCGACUUGUUCAAUUGCUUACAUCAAUGUCUACGCCCAGCUUCUUGCUAGCCAAUGAAAGCAAUCACAAUCUGCUACAAGCCCUCCUAGAGUCUAUCAGCACUAUUCUUGAGCACCAAUAUAAAUCAAACACUAAUCUUAUAUUCGCUAUUUGGAGAGCGCGAAGAAGAAUCGAAGCUUUGAGGCGAUUCACGUUAGAAGGCGGCCGAGAAGAAAUUGAAAGAGCCGAGCAGCUGAGAAAGGAAGGUGCACUGUCGGACGUGACCAACGGUCUUUCAAGAUCGAGUACAUCUGAAAACCUUGCAUCACCAAUACGUGGAGGACUAUUUUCCCCAAGAUCAGACACUGGUGUCGAUGAAACGUUCGCAAUAGGUGAUUCCGAUGAAUCUGAUAACGAGCAUCUGCCGACCCCAUCGCAAUCUACGCGCUCCCUCCAAACCUCACGCACUCCUUCCAUGGCAUCAUCAUCAGUUGCCGAUGAACACGUACCCUUCCAACUUUCAGGCAUGUCUGAAAAGGCACGAGGCAAAAUGCCCGCUGGUGCUCCUAGUUUCGCGCGCCAAAAUAGCACGACAAGUUUGUCUCAAGUGUCGGCUUUCGUAGGUCGAGGUGCUUUCACACCCACAGCCGAGUGGUUAGAGACAUGGCUACCGGAUUUGUCUCUCCACACACUUCUGACCAUCAUCAAAGUGCUGUCUGCCCAUCCUAGUGCACCGGAAAGGUCAAAUAUGCACGGCCAUAGCAACAACGGCAAUAAUCCCCCAUCAUUGGCGUCCUCUCGGCGCUCGUCUAUCGCAAAUGAUGAAGCAUCCAUCACCGACUUCCGUGCUUAUAUCCCUACGACUUCCACUCAUCCCUCAAUAUCACCUAUUCUCGCCUCCCCCAGCCCCAUCCGCGUGCAUUUCUUCGAAUGGUCGUCCCUGUCCCUCGGCUGGUAUAUGUCGGUUUUGUGGUCUUUGAUCUUUACAGCGGAGAUGACCAUAGCCCCUGCUGCUGGCACUACAGCUACACUGACCGGAACUGGUGGCAUAGCAGGACCUGUCGGUGUUUGGAACGGGACGAACGUUAAGCUUUUCCAGGUUGCAACAGAGGGCAAACGCGAAGGACCUAGUCUAUCUCAGCCCAGGGGCGCUGUCGAUGCAGUUGGCAGCAGGCUCGUUCAAGGUGUUCAGGGUUUGAACCUUGGCGGGCUAGUUGGUCGGGUCGGUGCAGGCGUGGCAGGAGCAAGCGGUCCUCGGAGCCCUCGGAUCCAAGGACACCCUGAUACAGCUACUGGUGGGCCGCUGUCUCGAGCGAGUACGCGAGAAGUUUGA